ACUCUGCACAAUCAUCACGAGUCACGAGUUCCUAUCAUUCAGAGUGCAGUUCGAAAUAUAUGAUUCAUGGGUGUCAAGACUGGAAGCAGAAGGCACUACAGCAGCGCUCCUAGUGGACUGGAACCGAAACCCCUGCCACACAACACUUUCUGCUGUCGUCGGCGACUCGGCACGUCUAUUGUGUUUGGGUUGGUUUCGGCUUUGCUUUGUCCGAUUGAUAAAGCUGCUACUGACUUGAAUUGUAAUCAGUCUCGGGCUCUAUGUUAUGAAGAAAGUCACGUUCUGAACUUUUGUUGUUUUGUGAAAAUGACGAACCAGAAGACAGACCGGCACUCCAACAGGAGGAGUGCUGAGAUGGAGAACAGACCGUUCAUAACCAAACAGUUUUUAGUAAAUUUCUGUUUAGGUGUGUUGUGUGUGUUGAUAUUUCUUAGUUUUCCGACUAUAGUGAAAAGUCAUGGGCAUUCUCACGGAGAUCACGACCAUGAUCAUCAUGAUCUGCACCAUCACCAUCAUCCUGACGAGAAGCCUUCCUUUAAGUAUUCAAGAGCUGCAAAUGAAGAGCUAGCAAACGCAAGAAAAGAAUCUUCAAAUUCGGGACCAGCAGUUCAGCCAAAGACAAAUCAACCACCUCUUGAUGGAACGUCAUCUCCUUGGGUAGAUGCUAUUGUGUCUACAUUGCUCAUCAGUAUAGCUCCCUUCCUGAUUUUAUCUGUUGUACCGUUAGACGGAUCAGCAGAGAAGGAACCGUUACUCAAAAUUCUCCUUGCUUUUGCCUCUGGUGGACUGCUUGGUGAUGCAUUUCUGCAUUUAAUUCCCCAUGCAUUAACUCCUCACACUCAUGGUGAUGAUCAUGAUCAUGGACAUAACCAUGGCCAUAGUCAUGGUCAUAGCCAUGGCGAAGGACAUGGUGGACAUGACAUGAGUGUAGGGCUCUCUGUUCUGGGAGGAAUUUUAGUUUUUCUUAUGGUAGAGAAAUUUGUUCGCCUGGUAAAAGGAGAUCACAGCCACUCUCACGGACACACUCAUGCCAAGCCAGCUGUUAAAGACUCAGUGAAAGAUAUCAAGCAAUCAGAAUCAAAAGGCAAAUCAAAGGAGAAAGAAAACUCCAAGCAGGUUGCUCAAAAAGAAUCAGAAGGAGACAUAAGGGUGUCAGCAUACCUUAAUCUAGCAGCUGACUUCACUCACAAUUUCACUGAUGGACUAGCAAUUGGAGCUUCUUACCUUGCUGGACGCAAUAUUGGUAUUAUCACCACCAUUACUAUUCUGUUUCAUGAAGUUCCUCAUGAAAUAGGUGACUUUGCUAUACUUAUUCAGUCAGGCUGCUCGAGAAGGAAGGCAAUGAUGUUGCAGCUUGUAACUGCAUUAGGAGCUCUCUCUGGAACAGUGUUUUCCCUUCUAGCUCAGGGAACUGGUAAUGUUGGUGUAUCAUGGAUCCUACCAUUCACUGCUGGCGGUUUUAUAUAUGUUGCGACUGUCACUGUCAUCCCUGAACUUCUAGUUGACACCAAGUUUUGGCAGUCAGUUAAAGAGAUCAUAGCUUUAUUAGUUGGUGUUUAUAUGAUGGUUCUUAUUGCUGAGUAUGAAUGAAAUGACGGCUAGAUUUUUGAGGUUUUGAAAGCUUUUCAAUUGGACUGUCAUCUGGCUGAAGAGUUGUAAAAUUUUGAAUACUUUGAGAGGGCAAUAACCAAACCACAGACUAGUCUGCUUGUAAGUUUUUCCUUCCUUAGAGCUUCUGAUGUGCCAUUUGCAUAAGCCUGAAAUUACGAAAGACAUUCUAUCCAUUAUUAUUUUCCCAAUUGUUUUUUCCUGACUGAGGGAGACUGUACAAGAUUGUUCAAUAUAUUUUUUAAUCAAUCAAUGUCAAUAAACAUCACAAUAUUCAUUUUGCAUUCUAAACAAAAAAUAUAUCACAAGAAUUCUGGAAUACAUGUGAAAAGGUGGAUUUACAAUAGGAAUUCUCCGAGUGCAUUUGGGGCAGUUGGUUGAUGGGCGAAAAAAUGCCCUUGCUCUGACUACGCUUGCAGCGUCCCAAUCACUUAAAUUAGUUUGAAUUCUUAUGCAUUAUUGAUAGGUCAUUCUUGUGAUUGAAAAGUACUGGUUUUGUUCUUCCCUCUAAGUACUUAGAAGUUAUUUUAUGUUUUGACUGAUUGUAGUCUUUUGAAGUACUGUAUAUGCAUUCUCUUCAGAGUAAUAUUCUGGUAUAUAGACUGCUGUACCUGCCUUUGUGUUGUAGUGUGAUAUGUUUCCAUAUUGGUGUAUUCCAGUUUAUCUUUUCCUAUUGGUGUGCACAUUUUUUGGGGUGUGUUUAUCAUAUUGAUGUAAACAAUUUUUUUUAA